UCAAUAAAAUUUUUUAUUUCUUUUCAUUUGUUUUUUUUUCAAAUAAAAUAUCAACAAAACAUUAUAGUCAAUCGGGAAAUUGUUUCUUCAUUUAUUUUGUUUACUAUUGUACUUUGAUACUUUGUGCACAAUGUCUUCUAGUUCAGGUUUCCUAUCCGCCUUGGAUUCCAUGAAAAUCAUGGCCGAAUCCAUUGGAAUCAGCAAUCUAUCCGAUGACGCUUCACGUGUAUUGGCUGAAGAGGUCACUUUUCGCUUGAAAUUAAUCCUACAAGAGGCAAAUAAAUUUCGCGGACAUUCUAAAAGAAAAAAGCUCAUUGGAUGUGAUAUAGAUAAUGCCUUGAAAAUUAAAAACAUCGAACCAUUGUAUGGGUUUACCUCCAAUGAUCAUAUACCAUUUAGAUUUGCUUCUGGAGGUGGAAGAGAGCUUUUCUUUAUUGAUGAUAAAGAAGUUGAUUUAGGCGAGGUUAUCAGUUCGACCAUUUUACCCAAACUACCACAAGAUUUAGCUCUUAAGGCUCAUUGGUUAAGCAUUGAAGGGAUACAACCGGCAAUACCUGAAAAUCCACCGCCAGUUUCAAAAGACAUUCAAAGACAAGAAAGUAUUGAUCCUGCAUCUGCAUUGAAACAAAAUCCAGAGGAAUUGAGAACUGGUCAUAUUGAAUUAGAGAAAAGGAAAAAACAUGUUGAAAUGGUUAGAGUUAAACAAUAUGCCACUCAUGAGUUGAGUGUUGAACAACAGCUAUAUUACAAAGAAAUAACUGAAGCAUGUGUUGGAAGUGACGAAGGACGCCGUUCUGAAGCUUUACAGAGUCUAACAUAUGAUUCUGGUCUGCAUCAAAUGCUUCCUAGAUUGUGUACAUUCAUCUUAGAAGGUGUUAAAGUUAAUGUCGUGCAAAAUAAUUUAGCCCUUCUUAUUUACCUUAUGAGAAUGGUUAAAGCUCUUUUGGACAAUCAAACACUUUACUUAGAAAAAUACCUUCACGAGCUCAUUCCCACUGUAAUCACCUGUAUAGUUUCAAAACAACUUUGUCUUCGGCCAGACUUGGAUAAUCAUUGGGCGCUUAGAGAUUUCGCAUCAAGACUGCUUGCUCAAAUAUGUAAAAACUUCAACACUUCAACCAAUAAUAUUCAAACCAGGAUAACCAGACUUUUAAGCCGUGCCUUGGAUAACGACAAACUUCCUCUAUCAUCUCAGUACGGAGCUUUAUCGGGUCUUUGUGAAUUAGGACCUGAAGUGCAAAGAGCAUUCAUUUUGAAAAGAUUAAAAGCUAUAGGAGAAAGAAUACGAGUAAUCAUGGAAGGAGGUGGAAGCUCCGUAGAGAAAUCAGCCGCUGAGCAUAUCAAAAAUUUAAUUCUCAGAGUUUUACCGGCAACAAUUAAGGCAUCAAGACCUCCUCCCGAUGUAUUGGAAGAUUACAGAUCCGAAUUUGGUUUCUUAGGUUCCUAUCUUCAUACAGCUGUUGUGAGAUCUCGUACUGCUGCUAACCCAGUCACCCCUCAAACAACUAAUCAAAACCUCGGUACUUCUCAUGCCACCUUCAUCUCUCAAACGACUCACACAGCAGGUCCCAGAGCAACCAUCAAUCUGUCAUCGCAAGUCUCUAAAAGUAUUCAACUUCCUCGAACUGGCUACAAAGUUGUCAGACUUGUGCAACCAAAUCAAAGCGCGCCAUCAACUGUCCUUCGCACUCCAUCUAAUGAAAUAAGAUAUCUGCAAUGAAAAUUGAGGGAAUUAUUCAUUUAUAUAUUAUCUGUUUUGUUUUUUUCUUUAGAAUUUGCAUUCAACUUACAUCAACUAGCUCACUUGUAAAUACUUUGUAAUGUCAAUUUCAAUGUACAAUUUUCAUGAAAAUUAAAUUCGCAUUUAUUGAAA